AUGGGAAAUCCUGCAACAGACGAUAAUCAGCUCCCUUCCUAUGAGCAAGCUACUCAAGUAAACUCUGGCCCAACGCAACAAACUAGCUCGCAUCAUGAGACCUUAUCUACUAGGUUUGCUUGCAUCACUCUUAACCAACACGACCGGAUCCGCCUCAUAAACUUUCCAGCAGACACCGUGAAGAGCUUUAAGGGUUUCCUUAAAUCAGCGUGGCCCAAAGGAAUACAGGAGGUGCGCGACUAUGGUCAAGCGCGCGAGUUCAAGCUGAAUGGCAACCCUUGGUACCGAGGCGCUGAUGGCUCUUUGGGCCCUGAUGAUACUUCACGUCUCGUCAAAAAAAUGUUGGAGGCGUUGUACAAUAUGGGAUGGGUGUUUCAGUCUGCGGUAGAUCUUCGAAAGCAGGGAAAUGUCAUUACCUUCCGCCGCCAAAACCCGCCACCACCAAAAAGUGAAUGGAUUCACAUCUCAUUUGAUAGUCACGAUAGGCUAACGUUCUUGGAACCACCCUCCCAAGAAAUCAGGGACGCUUUACUGAAGGCGUUCGACAGCGCCGUGAGCAAACAUGAGCUCACAAAGGACCAUUUUGAAAUAAAAUUCCAGGGCUUUCCAUGGUCACCAUCUGGUGAGGAUACCGUGAAUACGCCUGUAAAGUUACUGCAGCUUCUAGAAACGAUGGAAAGGUUCGGGUUUUCUUUAUACUCGAGUUUGAUGACCAAGAACAAUCUCGAAGGGACGGAUGUAGAUGACAUAGUUAUGAAGCGGCAAAUAUAG